UAACCAUUUUACAAAAUAUGUUUAUUGCUUUUAUGGGGGGCGUGUACUCUAAAGCAUCUGAGAAAGGUCGUGUUGCAUUAUUACGAUUUCGUGCAGAAUCAAUUUCAGAUUAUGAGGCUUUGGAUGAAAUUUAUUUCUACCCCCCGUCACCCGAACCAAAAUAUAUUUAUUAUAUAGGUAAAUCAAAAAGUUAUGAGGAUUGGGAUGCGAAUGUUAAAAAAACUGAGAAGAAAAACUUAUAUGAUGAUUAUGAAGAAAAAAUAGUUGAAAGAAAACUAUCAUAUAAGCAAAUAGAUGAUGAUAGAUUUUUGUUUACUAAAGAAGAUGGUUAUAAUUUAUCCGAUGAUGACGAUAGUUCUGAAAGUGAAAAGGAAAAUGAAGAAGACAUUUGUAUCAAAGGUAAUGAAUUUAAUAAUAAGAUUACCGAACUUAAUGAUUUUAAUAUUCAACUGAACAAAAAGAUAGAUGAGGUUAAUAGUAAGAUUGAUAAAAUAUUAAUGCAAUCAAUAAGCAAAGUCACAGAAAUUUAG